AUGCCACACAUUUUGUGCUUAAUUUUUUUAUCAGUUGUAGUGGUAAAAAAUCAUGCAGCAAGAAUAUUGGCAGUGUAUCCAUCACCGUCUAUCAGUCACCAAAUAGUGUUUCGACCUUUGACUCUAGAACUAAUUAGGAGAGGUCAUGAAGUGGUGGUUUUGACCACGCACCCCGUAUAUCGCAAAAGUGAUGCACCUGCUAAUCUUACUGAAAUCGAUCUUUACGAUGUUUCUCAUGAUAUUUGGCGAAAAGGAAUGGACGCGUCAAAUGUCAUACGAGGAAGCAAUAAUGAUAUUAUUAUUCCACAAUUAAGGGUUGCGUUUGGAACAAUGUUAAAAGUUGUUGAAAAACAAUUACAACAUGAAGAAGUUAAAAUAAUUUUAAGUGGUAAAAAGAAGUUUGAUCUUCUGAUUCAUGAAGCAUUUUGUUUGUCAGCUUUAAUUUUCUCCCAUGUACUCAAAGUGCCUGCGAUCCAGAUAAGCUCUUUGGGAACAGUACCUGAUGUUGCUAAUAUUGUUGGAGCACCAUCUCACCCCUUGCUGUAUCCCUAUCCAAUUUAUCAGAAAAUUUACAAUUUGACAAUUUGGGAUAAAUUACAGCAAUUGUAUAUUUAUUAUCAGUUCCAAAAAAUAGCUCAGGACUUUGAAACUGGUUCUGAUACGAUAGUGCAAAAAUUAAUUGGUGCAAAAAUACCUAAGCUCAGUGAGUUGAAGAAAAAUGUUGAGUUAGUGUUUUUAAAUGUUCAUUCAAUUUGGGAAAUGAAUCGUCCUAUGCCACCAAAUGUUAUAUACUUAGGAGGAUUGCACCAGCAACCUGAAAGGAAAUUACCAAAAGAUUUCCAAUCAUAUCUCGAUUCCUCUAAACACGGAGUUAUUUACGCGAGUUUUGGGACUAAUAUCGAUCCAACUUUGCUGCCUCCGCACAAAAUUCAGAUAUUAAUAAACGUCUUCUCCAAACUACCAUACGAUAUAUUAUGGAAAUGGAAUAAGGACGAAUUGCACGGGCUAAGUGAUAACAUCAAAAUUUCAAAAUGGUUGCCUCAAGCUGACUUAUUAAAGCAUCCUAAAAUCAAAGUGUUUAUCACUCAAGGCGGUUUGCAAUCGACUGAUGAAGCCAUCGCUGGCGGAGUACCUUUGAUCGGUAUACCUAUGGUCAGUGAUCAAUGGUAUAACGUAGAACAGUAUGUACACCAUGGUAUUGGUGUACGAGUAGAUAUGGAGACUAUUGAUGAAGAGAAAUUCAGAAACGCUAUCAACGAAAUACUAAACAACGACAGUUAUCGGCGAAAUAUUCUACGUAUAAAGAGGAUAAUUGACGAUCAGCCUCAGACAUCAUUAGAACGAGGUGUGUGGUGGACGGAGUAUGUGAUAAGACAUGGUGGAGCGAAACACCUGCGCUCACCUGCUGCAAACAUGUCGUGGACAGAAUACCUGGAGUUAGAAUUGUUUCUCUACUUAUGGACAACAUUAAUGAUACUAAUAGUAGGUUUAAUAUUCAUGGUGUAUACUUUAAUAGGGAGAAAAAAAAUGAACGGAAAAUUAAAAUCGAAUUAA